GGUGAAACGCAAACUUUAAAGCCAUUUAUCCCAAAACUUGACUUUGGCGAGUUCGUCAGCCCAAUUCUCAACUCAUAUAUAUCAUGUCUCUUGCCAGGAUUCGUGAGCACGACCUGGUUCAGACUGGGAGCUGCAGCCAACGUCUCGCCGUCUGUUUUCUUCCCUGUCUUAAACAGUUCUGCUCUUUUCGAGAUUGGCAUUCCUAUAAAGUGUGACUGCCAAGUAGCUUGGAUCCGACUUUCAUCUCUUCUGCCUCGGACAACCAUCCGAUGCGCCACCGAGACUUCCUUUGUCAUGCUGCAAGACGUCGAUGAAGCGAAUUUAAGGACUGUGGCUCCAUCUGCACCGCCUAAGGCUCUCUUCAACGACAGUCAUGAGCUAUCACAUCUUUUGACAAAAGAGAUAGGAAAUUUUUAUUAUUUCUGGGAUAAUCUCACGGUUUUUUUCUAGGAUUUGGGAUAUGUCUUUGAUUAGACUUGUACCUGGUAUUCCCCAAAGAUUAAGCUGAUUCACAAAUUCAAGUAAUUCAUCCAUGACAUUUUGUCUCUAGUGAUAUUUCUAAAUGAAAUAUCUGAAGACUGGUCGUGCAAGGUAUGACUCACCUCAUGAUUUACUUCUUUUUUGUAAUUCCUAAGUGAAAUUUGUCAAAUAAAGGCGUCGCAAUCAA